GGGCCGGGCAUCUGCCGAGGCAGCCCAGACACUUGUAGAGCCGGCUGCCGAGGCCCCGCACCGCCCGGACAGCGGCGCAAACAUGCAGGGGCGGUGGGCUCUCUGAGCCCUACCCUAGCUCCAGCCCCAGCCAGCCGGACCCAAGCAAAUGAGUCCCCUGACCUCGAGAGCAAGAUGAACCUCACUCCAAUGACCCUCUCUAUGGAUUCUCCCCGGAGGAAAAAGCAGCUGGAAUUUGAUGAUGAUGAUGAUGACUCAGUUCCAGAGCAGCCCCCCCUGAAGCGAGCCCAUCGAGACCCUCAGCUUUGCCUGGCCCCCUGCCAGCAACCCCUCAUCAGGCCCCCAGAACCCACCUCUGAUGCUCCUGCUGCCUUUUCCAGGCUGGGGCCCUACGCACUCCUAGAGGCCCAGGAAGGUGGCAGGGCCUACCGGGCAGUGCACUGCCCCACAAACACGGAGUACACGUGUAAGGUGUAUCUAGCUGGUUCCUAUCAAGAGUUGCUGUCUCCCUACGCCCACCUACCCCAACACCCUCAUGUAGCUCCUGUGGCUGAGGCCGUCUUGGGCAAGCACCACGUCUACGUAUUCUUCCCAAGGGCAUAUGGCGACAUGCACAGCUACGUGAGGGAGAGAAGGCGGAUCCCUGAGCGGGAAGCAGCCUCACUCUUCCUCCAGAUGGCCCAAGCUGUGGCCCACUGCCACCAGCACAAUCUGGUCUUGAGAGACCUGAAGCUCAGGAAGUUUGUCUUUGUCAAUCAGGAGAGGACAAAGCUGGCUCUGGAGAAUCUAGAGGACUCGUGUCUGCUAACCGGGCCAGAUGACUCCCUGUGGGAUAAGCAUGGCUGUCCAGCCUACGUGGGGCCUGAGAUCCUCACUUCCAGGGACUCCUAUUCAGGCAAGGCAGCUGAUGUGUGGAGCCUGGGUGUAGCACUCUACACCAUGUUGGCUGGCCGCUACCCAUUCCAGGACACAGCCCCUGCCCUGCUCUUUGGCAAAAUCCGCAGGGGCGCCUUUGCCCUCCCUGGUGGCCUCUCAACCCGUGCCCGCUGCCUUGUCCGCUGCCUGCUCAGGAGGGAGCCCAGUGAGAGGCUCACCGCCCAGGGCAUUUUGCUGCACCCCUGGUUACAGGAAGGGGGGAACCCUUCUGAGGAGCCUGGAGUAUGGGUGGCAGAGCAGGUGGUACCAGACAGCCAAGACUCCAGGGAGGAGGAGGCCAGGCAGGAAACUGAGGAGGAGCUGUAUAGUUAGGCCAGGAGGGCAUCUCCUCCGCUCUGCCCUAACCCUGCCUGGCCCCCCUGGCUGGGGGUAGCUCAAGCCUCAUGGAAACUCCCCUCCUUCCUCUUUGAAUCAAGCCAAACCCCACUCAAGUGCCUUAACAGUGGAAAAGAAGGGAGGCAUGUGUGUGUACGUGAUUGUUACCUGCUGCACACACUUGACACACACACAUGCUAGUGUGUGCACACACUAGUAUACACGGAGGUUGGUGCACACGUAUGGCAAACUCAGGCUGAACCUAUCCUGGCCCACAUGCACGGUGGUAUACAUAUUGUUACAUAGAUAUAGCUGGUGGUGUACAAACACCUAGAAGUCAUAGCCUUAGCUUCCUGACUUGAGUGGCCAAAAGACCCCCUCAGGGCCCUUCCCCUGGAGACUCAGAGUGCUGGGGAAGGAUGCUGGAGGGAGAGCUGGGCCGUCAGCCAGCCAAUAAGAAAAUAACCAGAGAGGCCUAACUUGGGGUGGGAGACUGGGAAGAAGGUAUUAUUCUGGGCAGACUGGAAGGUCUAUGUUGGUGGGGGAAGGGUGGGGAAGGGGGAGUGGGUGAGAAGGCAGUCAUCUCAGGUAUCAGGCAGUCUCCAGUCCUUGGUUCCAGAUCUCCAGGGCAUAUGAGGAAUUAUAGGCCCAGGCUGCUGAUGGUGGACCAGGGAAGGGUAGGAUGAAGGACUUCUCAGGCUCCAAGAGAGGCCCUCAGCUUACUUACUCUGGGAACUGUGUUUUCCCUUCCCUGUCCCCAAACACCAAUUCAACAUUCCUUCAGGCUGUGUGACUUCAGAGUCAGUCAAAGGGUUCAGUCUGAGAACCAGGCCCUCUCCCCAGGGGCCUGCUCCCAUGCUGGGACACCUGCUUCCUCAGUUCCCCUGGGACCUCCAAUUGACUCUGUGGGGCAAGGACAUGAUAUGCAGUGUCUAUUUUUGUCUUUUGACUAAUAAAGGACAUUUUUUAAAUA